AUGGAUUGUCGCAUUGGCGGCAUAACCUUUUCUUCAAACUUUGACUCAGGGAAUUUGGCCCAUGUCGAAAAGGUCUUACAUGAUGCAGAUGAACGUUCAUCUUCAUCAGUCGCAUCAAACAUAAGGCAACAACAUGCACAGAAAACAAACAAUGGUGCCAACAACAACAUUUUUGGAAAUAUUUCGAUAGCAGAUAUCCGUGUAGAUUAUGAAUUUAAGCUAUGGACUAGUCCAGACUGUGCAGGAACUACGUAUGAGAAUGGGAAUCGUACUUGGUUUUAUUUUUCCGUGCGUGGUUAUAGUCCUGGAAAGGUGAUAAGAUUAACUAUCAUGAAUAUGAAUAAACAGUCAAAAAUAUACGGUCAGGGAUAUGCUCCACUUUAUCGUGUGUGCAACUCCGUAGUAGCUCGGUCAAGAUGGCAACGUAUCCGUGAUAAACCAUUAUGGGAAAUAGUCAAUGGACAAUUUCUACUCACAUUUAUACAUCGAUUUUUAGAUCCACGUGGAAGUGUUACCUAUUUCGCCUUUUGCUAUCCAUGGACAUAUAAUGAAAUGCAGAUGCAAUUGAAUAAAUUAGAUAGUAUAUUUCACUAUGGAACAAGUCAUCUUGAUAAAGAUCUAUUCCCUUAUAAACGCAAUGAGAAUGAUGAAAACGUUAGUAGGCUAGUGAAAUCAAAUGAAAUAGACGAUGACGCUGUUCAUGAUAUUAAUGAAGACCUUCAUGGGUUUAUGACGUCAUCUACUACGAAUACAGUAACAACGACUGUAGCAGCAGCUUGUGAUGGCGACGGUGGUAGUCCUUCAUCUGCUUCCUCUUCUUCUUCUUCAUCACCAUCAACAUUGCUACAAGGUUAUAAAACAUAUUUUCGAGAAAGAGAAUUAUUUGAUAAAAUUUACUUUCAUAGAGAAUUGCUAUGUUACAGUCUUGAAGGAAGAAGAAUUGACUUGUUAACAAUUUCUGACUGGUCUGGAUGUACAAAUAUUGAAGAAGAUCGCUUUGAUCCACUAUUAUUUCCCGAUGCAACUAUAAGAAGGUCGUGGAAGUUUACGAAUAAAAAGGUAGUUUUAGUUAGUGCUCGUGUACAUCCGGGUGAAACGCCAUCAAGUCAUGUAUUCAAUGGAUUAUUGGAAUUUUUACUUCGUUUAAAUGAUCAACGUGCAUGUGAAUUACGUAAAAAUUAUAUAUUCAAACUGAUACCAAUGUUAAAUCCUGACGGUGUAUUUCAUGGACAUUAUAGAACAGAUACACGUGGUGUAAAUUUGAAUCGAGUUUAUUUAAAACCGGAUUUUUUAUAUUAUCCAUCAAUUUAUGCUACUAAAGCAUUAAUAACAUAUUAUCAUACGAACUAUGGGACAGUAAAAUUAUAUGCACCAUUUUUAGAUAAUAUUUUUAGACGACAAAUUCUUACUGAUUCUCCAAACCUAGUGCUGCUUCUUACCACUGAUAUUGAAAAUCCUCAAGACUUUGUUGAUCAAAAUACAUUGGACACAUCAUUUUCAUUCAGUGAAAUUUCAAAAUUAUCAAAUGAUAAAUCCUUUGAUUAUAAUGUACAAGAACAAAUUAAUUCAGAAAACCAAUCCGCAGAUGAACCCAAUAUAACAACUGAGGGAGAAUCUACAGACAAACUACUGUCCUAUUUGGACUCAAAUCACUCAAUAAAAUCUGAUGAAUUAUUCACAAGUAAUAGGUCAACUUUCGUACAAGAGGUAACUAAUAACUUAUUCCUACCAGAGCCAACAUCAACACAACCAAUGACACCACAAAUAACAGUACCAAAUCAAAAAGAAAAUAAUCCAUAUCUCGAUUCGUUAGAAAAUGUUGAACAGCUAAUUAGUAAUUCUAGUCAAUCGCUAAUUAACGAAAGAGUACCAGUAGUACAUCGAAUCAACUAUUCAGUUGAUAGUUUUGAUGACAAAAAUAAUGUUACUGAAACGAUUGACACAGGAAUUGUAUCAAAUACUUGUCAAGGUAUUAAAAUAUCACACAAUUCAUCAGUGAAACGUUUGCUUAAGACAAACAAAGCAAGGUCAACAUCCACAUCAUCUUAUGUAGCUGAUUUAAACAAAGAUUUCUCGGACAUUUCAAAAAAUCAUUUAAACUCAUACAGAAUUCCGUCAAUAUUUAAUAAAGAAGUUGCUUCACGGCAAAUCGUUUCAACUGCAGCACCAUCACCGGGAGCAAAACCAUCAUCAUCAACAACUCCAGCAUCGACAAUGAGUAAUUUAACCCCAACAGUUAGGCGACUUAUUACAUCAACACCAAGUAAUAUCAUCAUCAAACGAUCAAGUGGACAAGAUAAAAAAUCUAAAAAGUCAUAUAAUGAAUACAGAAAUAGUGGAUUAAAAUCAUCAGUCCAUAGUCAACCAAAUCGUAUUCCACCAUUGUUCAAUAGAAGCAAACAUUGUCCAACAUUGAAAGUUGAUUGUCUUCCUUGUUUUCUUAUGGAAUGGAAUAUGCCAUACCAACAGGCUGUUACAACUGGACGUGUAUCAAAAUCACUUGUUGAAAAGGCAGAACCAGUGAACUCUUCCAUUAAAUUAAAUGCUGCACAGAUAUUGAAUUUCGAUAGUGAAAUAGAUGAUUCACAAAAGAACUUAAAAUCACUUGAUUCUGAGAAAUCAUUAUUACAGUAUACAUCACCGUUGGAAUCUGACCAAAGUGACGAGAAAAAGUUAUUUUUCUUGAAUGAUGACUAUCAAAUACUGCAUCAUAGCCAAAUGAUGCCUUUUUAUGAUGCAGUUAGUGCACUUGUGACAUCAGAUGCUCAGGAAUGUAAACACAAGCAUAAUGGUGACGAAGAAAACAACAGUGACCAAUAUAAUGAAAACAAACAAAGAAACCACUUAUCACCUGACAAUGAGGCGAAUAUUUCAAGUGAAACGGCUAUACAAUUAGUAAAUGAAGAUUUAUAUUGUUUUGAGUCGUCUUGUUCUGUAAUAGGUAAUGAAGGGUCCGAUAUGGAUGAAGAUGAAAAUAAUGAGCAAUCUAAUCAAGAAGAUUUAUCAAUUAAUCCACAGUAUGUGGAAAUAUUAAAAUCUGUAGAAACAAUGGUCAGAGAAGAAAAGAAUAAAACCACAUUGAUCGAUGAAGGUUCAAUGAAUACGUCAGUAGAUGAUUUAAAUGUAGAUGAACUGAAAAGAAUGGAAAUGUUGAAAGAACAAUUAGAUCAACUGAGAAAAGCCCAUCAUCUAUCUGAUGCUAACGAAUUACAACUAGAAGAAAGUAAUGUUGCCUUCUACUUUGAUUUACAUGGACAUUGUUCAAAACGUGGUUGCUUUCUUUAUGGAAACUGGCUAGAAACUGAAGAUAGCAUGGUAGACAACGUCCUCUACGCUUUGCUGGUUGGAGUGAAUUCAAUUUACUUUGACUUCGACUCGUGCAACUUCAGUUUACGUAAUAUGUAUCUAAAAGACCGUAAGGGCAGUUACACUAAAGAAGGUGCUGGUCGUGUUGCAAUAUCAAAACACUUGGGACUGACUCACUGCUAUACAGUUGAAUGCAAUUACAAUGCAGGUCCACUACCAAAUCGUCUUUCAAGAUUUGUAACUUCAGCACUUCCGAACGACAGUGGACGUCUUACGCCAGUUGGUACAUUUUACGGACCACAUUGGUCUGAUAUUGCAAGUAGUGGAAGUAUCCAGUCAUGUCAUUCCGGGAUAAGUGUACAACUAAACACAAUUCAUAAUGUUUACACGAAUACUCUCAAUCAAACAUCUAGUGGUGCACCGCGUUUUACACCAGCUCACUAUGAAGAUGUUGGACGAGCAUUAAUGAUAGCUAUACUUGACAUUAACCAAAUUAACCCAUGGCCGAAAAUUGCAAGUCUUGGUGGACCUAAUUCAGAGCCAGACAUUGGUAUUCUUACCUUAUCAUCAUCUUUACCUGAAUUUUCGAGUAUCAAGACUUUAAAAGAAUGGACACGAACAUACGUUCGUGGAAUCGCCUCAUUAAACGCGUCGAUUAAAGCAUCUACAAAUCGACUUACCGAAGUUCCUACAACAAAACUUAGUGAUUCAAAAAAGCAAGUAAAUAAGAAACUGCCGUUAAACAGUGAACCUUCAGAAGGAGUAGCAAGUUUUUCUUCUACGGGAAAUGUUGCAACUCAAAAUCCAGUAAAAUCUCGUGAAAAUUCAGUGAAAAGAAAUAUCAGCAAUGCUGUAACUAAUUCUAGUAUUUCUAAGAAGUUUCUGAUGCAAACAAAUAUCACUUCACAGGCUACUAAUGAUUUUCUGAGUAGUACUGCAACAGUCUUAGAUAAAACGUUUUCGAGUACAACAAAUACGCCAUCAAGAUCCGAUCGUAAAAACCACUUAUAUCAUUCAAAUCCAACUCCAUCACAUACAUCUAUUCGAAGUAAACUACAGUAUUAUCAUGAAUCAUCCGAUUUUACAAAGGUACAUUCUCCAUUAUAUUCACGUCUGACACCCAUGGCAACAGAAGAUACUGGAGCGACACCGACAACUAUACCAAUAAACCACUGUGAAGAACUCAAAUCGCAAACUCUGUACAAUAAUGAUAAUUUGUUGAAAUGCAACCGUCGUAAAAAUGGGAAAUCAUUUUUAUAUGAUGAUGGUAAUGGAGAAAAUUUAAUAAAGGUUAUGAAUAAAAAUUUAAAUUGUCAACUUAUUCGUCGAAAGGUUGCAGAAAAUAUCUUUAUUUUUUCAAGUGCUAGUAAAGAAUAUCAAACAAAAUGCAAAAGCUACAUGUUGAAAAAGAAGUUGAGCCUUGACAUAAAUAAAAAUUUCACACAAUGCUGUAAUACCGUUAAAGAGUCAAUUAAUGAAACAUUAGAUAAUAACUCUUCCAAUAGAACAGAACUUUUAGAUUCAAAAUACUCUUCUCAUUUAUCAGUAGAAUAUACAAAUUCAAUAUAUGAAACUGAUGAUACAGUUAACAGUAAUCCAUCUCAUAUGUUAUACAAUCAAUUAAUAACUUUACCUACAAACAAUUCACCACAAACAACUGAAAUAUAUGAUAGAAAUAUGAUAACAGAUAUUCAUAAAAAAUCAGUGAAUAAUAAACAUUCACAUAGUUUUGGUAAAAUUAAACGAGCAAUCAAUGAAUACAAAUCUGCUAAAGGCCAUUCAAAUGAAAAGAUGAAACAUUCCUACGUGAGAAAAGGGAGUCGAAAUGAAUUACACAAAGGAUUCAGUUAUACUCGACCAGGAUAUACAAAACUUCUUAAACAUUAUACAAGUCUUCACUGUUCAGAUAAUAAAAAUAACAAUAUGAAAUCAUUUAUAGUAUAUACCAAUAAAACACCAAAAAGUAAAAAUAACAAAAGUUGUCAUGUUAAUAAUUCUCUUCAUUAUUGGAAAUCACGUUCAUUCAAGUUGAAGUCAUUGACAAAAACCAUUCUAUAUGAAAAUAAAUCACCUCCAGAAAAUGCUGAUAUUUGUACAAUUUUCACAACAGAUAUGUCAGAUCAAAAUAAUUAUUCUGAAUAUAAUAACAAUAAUAAUACAGGCAUAGAAGUUAUAUUUGAUAACAAUAUAUCAAUAGUGUACUCCAGAAACACAAACAGUACAACUGGUACAUCUGAAAAAACUAUUCAUUUCCCACUAAUCAAUCGAUCACAUUCAUUAAAAAAUAUAAUAACUCCUUCAGAAUCAGAUGAUUGUAUUAAUGAAUUGAAAGCUCUGUUUAAAUCUAUGUCAUUAAAUUAAAACAAAAUAUUUUAUUGUAUUUCUAACCGAUCUUGAAAUAUUUAAUGCAUGAGUUUCUAACACCUUACUCUUUAAAUAUACUUUUAGUCUUGAACUUAAUUCAUUGAAAUGAAUAUAGGUAGAAUGAAUGGUUAAAAGUAUUGAAGAGAUUCCCUUUGUUAUUGCUUAUGUUCUCAUGUGUAUAUAACUUUCUUUCUUCUUGUUCAUCUCUUUUUUUAUAUUUUAUUCACCCACGUCUACUAUUCCUUAUGAGGUGUAUCUAUACUAUAUACUUACCUUUCUUUCUUUUUCACCAUCUCUUUCUACUUCCGUCUGUCCUUUUGUUUAAUCAACUUUCUUAAAAUAUAUAAAGUUAACACUGAAAACUGUGAAUAGAAGUGUAACAAUUUUUGAAAAGUUGAUGAAUUGUGUACUGUGCUAUUAUAACAUUGAAACAGCAGGUGAUUACAUCCUAAUUUAUAAUGAAGGAUUAACAUCGAUUUAAGAGCACACUUAACUCUGUUUCAGUUUUGCUCUAAGACUAUUUAUUUCACCUUGAAAAGAAAUUAGAGUUAAAAUAUUGCACGUGGAUUAACUUUUUUAUUUGCUUAUUUUUCCAUUUUUACUGUC